UAGAACUACAGACUCAUGCAUCUCUCUUCCUGAUCCUCUACUUCUCUCUCUCUCUCUCUCAAUUUAUAUAUACAGAAAUAAAAAAAACUCUCCUAGAAAAUCUGAUAAGUGCAUCAGCCUCGACCUUCUUCCUGUAUUUCAACAUGAUAGCCAGAUUAUCGCCGAAGCUUUUAAGAGUGGUGGCGCAAGCCUAGAUAUUGCCUGGUAAUGGGAUGGCCUUCUUCCCAGCAAAUUUCAUGUUACAAGCCCCUCAUGAAGAUCAUGACAUACAGCAUCCCACUUCUCUCAAUCCAAUCCUAUCCUCAUGCACACCUCAAGAAUUUCAUGGGGUUGCAUCGUUUCUAGGAAAGAGAUCCCUGUCAUUUUCAGGUGUUGAGUUGGGCGAAGAAGGUAAUGGGGAGGAUGAUUUGUCUGACGACGGGUCACAGGUAGGGGAGAAGAAGAGGAGGCUUAACAUGGAGCAGGUGAAGACCCUUGAGAAGAACUUUGAGUUGGGGAACAAGCUUGAGCCAGAAAGAAAAAUGCAGUUGGCUAGGGCUCUAGGACUGCAGCCAAGACAGAUAGCUAUAUGGUUCCAAAAUAGAAGGGCAAGGUGGAAGACUAAGCAGUUAGAGAAAGAUUAUGAUCUUCUUAAGAGACAGUUUGAAGCAGUCAAAGCAGACAAUGAUGUUCUCCAAGCUCAGAACCAAAAACUUCAAGCAGAGAUAUUGGCAGUAAAAAAUAGAGAACCAACAGAAUCAAUCAACCUCAAUAAAGAAACUGAAGGUUCCAGCAGUAAUAGAAGCGAGAACAGCUCCGAGAUUAAGUUGGAAAUAUCGAGGACACCAGCCAUUGACAGCCCUUUAUCCACUCAAGCAAUUACCAGCAGACCUCUCUUUCCAUCCUCUGUAAGGCCUCCAGGUGUGGCUCAGCUCUUCCAAAACUCGUCAAGACCCGACCUCCAAUGCCAGAAGAUGGAUCAAAUAGUCAAAGAAGAAAGUCUAAGCAACAUGUUCUGCGGCAUGGAUGAUCAAUCCGCGUUCUGGCCGUGGUUGGAGCAGCAUCAUUUCAACUGAGAUGAAACCAAAAAUAUUGUCGUAUAGUGAUCAUUUUCUUUCGCAAUGAAACAAGAGGGCAGAUUAAUUACCUUGUUCUUAAUUUGUGCUUUUAAUUAAACCAUCAUGUUUUGUUACCUAGAUUGGUGUAUAAAGCAAAAUAUAGCAAGUUGAAUUUUGUGGUGUUGAUCAUCUUUUAUGGAGGAAUAAACGAGGUUUUGUGUA